CCGCUGCUGACUGAGAGAGGGAGCUUGUGGCGGUGAGAUCAUGUGAGAGUCCACGCUUGGAGAAAGUAGGUUAGCAGGGUAGACUGAGAGGAAGCCACCGUGGGGACUAUUCUAUUCUAGCCAAACACACGCCAUUCACAGCCGCUUAGGAUGACUUUCUUCACUCUGUUAUUUCGAUCGGAGUUGACCGAGCGAUAGAGGACACUUGUUUGUCUUUUAGUCUCCUUGUCGCGUUUUACGAGAGCCCGUCUGCGAUAGCGGCGAAGUUAAUAUUUACUGAGCCACUUGGUGUUGCCUUCACGGUGCUUUUCCUUCCAUCGAGCCUGUCAGCCGCAGGACAACCAAAUGUAGCCGAGCUCCCACAUCGAUUUAUUAACAAGAAGAAGACGUCAAAAUGAGAGCUCAGAUCGAGGUCAUCCCCUGUAAAAUCUGUGGGGACAAGUCCUCUGGGAUCCACUAUGGGGUCAUCACCUGUGAAGGCUGCAAGGGUUUCUUCCGCCGCAGCCAGCAGAACAACGCCAUGUACUCCUGCUCCCGCCAGAGGAACUGUUUGAUCGACCGGACUAACCGCAACCGCUGCCAGCAUUGUCGCCUACAGAAGUGUCUGGCAUUGGGCAUGAGCCGAGAUGCGGUAAAGUUUGGCCGUAUGUCCAAAAAGCAGCGUGAUAGCCUCUAUGCCGAGGUGCAGAAACACCAGAAGUCCCAGGAAUGUGUGGGCUCUGGAGGUGGGGGCUCCACCACACUGUCCUUACCCAGGGAGGACGGUGCAUGUGGCGGUGGCGGAGAGGACGGCGAGGAAGGUUUGAGCCGUUCCUACAGCAGCGGGGGCUCGACCUCCACCCUCAGCGACCUUGAUGACAUUGCAGCACUGCCCGAUCUAUUUGACCUGCCACUGACCCCUGAGGAAGCCAGCGAGUACUGCAGCCUGGAGCUCCUGGGCGGGAAUGGAGGGACCAGCACAGGAAACACCUCCAAUUCAUCAUCCGCUUCUUCCUCUUCCUCAUCCCUGUCCAAUCAGAAUUCCCCACAGCAGACAAUGUUGGAUGGGACAGACAGCAGUGGCAUCCAGCUUCUGCACACACACUCUGACACACAUCCACUGCUUGGGGACACACACGCACUGCUGGACCAGUUGCCUGAUGACUGCUCAAUAACAGAUCUUGACCGAAUCACUCAGAAUAUUGUGAAGUCUCAUUUGGAGACAUGUCAAUACAGUGCUGAGGACAUGAAGAGAUUCACCUGGGUGCAAUACACGCCCGAGGAAUCACGUGCUUUUCAGAACAAGUCAGCUGAAUGGAUGUGGCAGCAGUGUGCACACCACAUUACCAACGCCAUCCAGUACGUGGUGGAGUUUGCCAAACGAAUUGCUGGCUUUAUGGACCUUUGUCAGAAUGACCAGAUUAUAUUGCUGAAAGCAGGAUGCCUGGAGGUUCUGCUGAUCCGUAUGUGCCGGGCUUUUAAUGUCAACAACAGCACUAUUUUCUUCAGUGGAAAAUUUGCUUCAGCCCAGUUGUUCAAAGCACUUGGUUGUGAUGACCUUGUGAGUGCAGUGUUUGAACUGGGUAAAGGACUCUGCCGGCUCCAGCUGUCUGAUGAAGAGAUGGCGCUCUUUAGCGGUGUUGUUCUUCUCUCCCCUGAUCGGCCCUGGUUGACAGAAGGCCAAAAGGUUCAGAAGCUCCAGGAGAAAGUCUACCUGGCCUUGCAGCACAGUCUUCACAAGAAUGGUUCUGAAGAGAAACUAGACAAGAUGCUGUCCAAACUACCUAUCAUGAAAUCAAUCUGCAACCUCCACAUUGAUAAACUGGAGUUUUUCCGUUUGGUCCACCCAGAGACUGCGUACAGUUUCCCACCACUGUACCGGGAAGUGUUUGGAAGCGAGAUGUCGCUGCCCGACUCCACCAUCAGCUAGGCAGACAAUAGACAGACAAACUGACAGACAGAAAGACUGACAGCGAGAUGGAGGCAGUGUAGGGAAGCAAAAGGAGCGACAGAGUAGGACAAAGAUGCUAAAGCUCAACAACCAGCAGUUAAAAGACAAUCCAUGACUUUAAAUACUCAGUCUCCCGUGAUUCCAAAGUAGUCCUCCACUUUCCGAGCAGGCAAAGCACCUUACACUACAGACCAUGCAUGCUCUUAUGCUCCUCUGCGAAUUGUAGCAGCACCAACAAGCAGACGCAUGAGACAUAUUCAAGUUCAACAUCCGAUCCACUGUGGAUCACCCAACCAGUCAUGAAUGUACCUCAUUGACAAGCACCAGUGCACAAGCAAGAACCCAACAACAGUGAAUGUAUAACCCUGUCGCACCUAGACAGUUUUAUACAUAGUCAUAGAAAAUAAGAAUUCAGUAUGAUAUGCUCACAUAUUCAUACAACAUGACAUCACCCUAAUCAUGUACUGACAGGGACCAAGGGACCAAGAUGACAUGUCAAUCUCACAGCUUCACCUGCUCCAGCCACUUCUUUCAUACACAUUUUGCCUGUGUUCGGUGCUGCCUUGAGUAGGCUCUUGAGAAACCUCAGUCCCACACGUCCCCCUUUCCUUGCAAAUGCCACUUGGAGACAGGGCAAGAUGAAAUUAUCUUUAAUUUAUAUAAACGUUUAUAUACAAAUAUUUUAAAUAAGAAUGUAAAUAGAUGACUCUAUGAGACUAUGGAGAGUGUUAAGAGCGAGUGAGAUUAGUUCAGAGCAAAAAGGUGGAUAGAAAGAUGUACUCAGAGGAAGCUGAUAUUUGGACUCCGGACUUUUUUCCUCUCUAUAUAGUACUCUCAGGUUUCCAUGACAACAACCCUGCAUCCCUUUCCCUUGACAGCAGUUUGGGGGGUGAACAGACACUUGUUGCAAAUGCAAGCGGAGGCAGCGUGUCCACGCGAUGGAGAAAACAAAUGGCCUUUGUUUGGCAUUUAAACUGAGCUCUGAUGUUGAUGACUCCGGCCCCUGCCUCAAGAGAGAAGAGGACAAAUAGAAAAGAAAAAGCAAUGCAUACUUCAUGAACUGCAUAAAAGGGGGACACACAGGUCCCUAAGAUCUUUCUAACCAGCAGUCAGUUGUACAAUUGAAUCACUCUUGUUAGUCUCACUUCUUUAAAGGUCCUGAUGGUCCACAAUUUGUAUCAUAACCCCUCCUUGCUGGUUGGAGCAACUGUAUUACUUGUGCAAUUGCUGUUCCUCUCCCCCUUUAGUCCCAAACCCAACACUCUGAAUGAGAAGCACUUAUACUUCCCUCUCUCACUGGACACGAGUCUAAAGCCAGACAGAGCGACCAGCUGCCCCCCUGAGUUGGGCCUCAAUGCUAGUCAGACUUUUCUCAUUUAUCUUUUUGUUUUUCUGUCAAGCAAAGUCCCUCAAAGCCGUUUCAGCUCAUUUUACGUCAGCAUAAAAAGUCCAAAUUUUGCAAUUCGUUUUAACAUUGAGAUGAUAAUGUCUUACUCGGGGAGCUGUGAAGUGUUUUGGGCAGAGUCUGAGGGCCUGCCGCCUGCCACUCAGGGAGCUAGCUGUGAUCUCUUGUCCUUUUAUUACCAGCCUUGUACUCACCGUGUACACCUUUGCACCCCACAACCAUAAUCACUGUGGACGUAAGUUCUAUUUUUGUGAAUGUUGCUCACAAAAUUGUCAGAGCCCUUCUCGUUUUUGUCCUAAUAUUGUAACAUUAAAAUUUAUGCGAAUUUACAUAGGAAGUAAAGAAAAAAAUCAAUUGUUUAAAGAUCAAUUUCAUUUUUUUUUUUUUGCUGUGAUUUUCACUUAUUUGUGUUUUAUCCACUUAUUUCUUUAAGUGUCUCCACUUUUGUCUUGUAAAGUCUGUAAUCUAUUUUUUUAAUUGAAGAAAAAUUACGAAACAGUACAGACAAAAAAAGACUAGUUUGUCUCCCUUUUCUUUCCUUGUAUGAAAAAAUGUACAAGAGGUAUAUUAGUUCAAGAAUAAGUGAGUCAAACAGCUCAAUAUAUAUUGUUGUCCAUUGGGAUACAUCAUAUGUGGUUUUAAGAAUGUAAUAAAUGGUUUCUUUCUUUGGA